UUGGGGAGGAGAUGGACAGCCCGGCACCGCCCUCAACUGCUGCCGGCGAGUCUGGGAAUAGUGGCAGGAGAAGGCCCAAGACUUUCCAUUGCCGAUACUGCUCUGAUACUUUCCAUCGACUGGAACAUAUCCAACGCCACGAGCGUACGCAUACUAAGGAGAAGCCAUUCCCGUGUGCCACCUGUGGUAAGGCGUUUGCGAGACGAGACCUGGUACUUCGACACGAGAAGCUCGUCCAUGAUAUCGAGCCAAGCAAAAAUCCGAGAAGGUUAAGUACAGUUCCAAAUAUUGAGACACAACUUCCCGAAACUGAGCACUCGUUCGGUCCAGCCGUCAUACAGACAAGUUGGGCUCCCCAGAAUUCUCCCGCUGAAUCCUCGAACACUGUAAGUCAAUAUGCAUCAAAUGAUAUCCAGGAUUCUCAAGUCAUCCAAGCCGGGUUUUUUUCCGGCCCCAUCAACCAACCGGCAGAAAACGACUCAACCCUCCCACCAAACAUGGGCAAUCUCGACUACGCCAUGCCUGUGACCACAGAAAUCCCAGGGGACUACAAUUUAUUCUUUGAUAACUUCGAUACUUCAAACUUCUAUCUACCUUCAACAGUCUUCGACGCCGAGUUGCCGGUUUCACUGUGGUCGAGACCAGACUUUGGAGGCAAUGUGGAGCCUGAAAAUGGCAACAGACGCAUUCCUUUACCACGAAGUGAAAAUAACGCUCUCAGCCACCUCGGCUCACGACUUCCGUCAUUGCAAUCACACGAUCAAGAUCUCAUGAGUAGUGAGCCUGCUCCUCAAGCAGACUUUCUUCGAGCUGGUCCCCCUUGGAAAACAUCUGGAGAGGACCACAGGCAGAUCCAAUCCAACUUGAGCAAGUUUGCUCAUGUGUUACCCAAAGGCUUUAGUGUGCCAUCGCGGCAUACUCUGUCCCGCUUUUUCGAAGGCUACAUCACUGGAUUCCAUCAACAUCUUCCUUUUCUUCACAUCCCAACCUUUUCCGUGUCGAGGUGCGCUCCUGAGCUAUUCCUUGCUGUUGCAGCGGUUGGUGCCAUGUAUCGAUUUGAGAGUACAAAGGGAAAUAAGCUUUGGUAUGCAGCAAAAGCGGUGGCUUCGGAACAGCUCAGAAGACGGCAAAGCCAACACGUUGCUGAUAUUCUGUCAUCACCCACGCCAAGUCGUGCUUCUCUCAGCAAAUCUCCAGCAUCUUGUCCCCCGCCUGAAACUCCGCAUGAUACUAGUCGCAGCAAUCACGUCUCAGAAGCCACAGGACUUUCAAAUGAUAUACGGUCGCCAUCCGCACAAGCCCGCCUUUCCACAAUCCAAACAUUUCUCAUUUUAAUGGCAAUGGGCAUGUGGGGACCACCAGCGUUGCUUCGAGAAGCCAUGGUAAUUCAAAACCAGCUGGCACUUCUCAUUCGAGAGCACGGUCUACGCGCACCCGAUAAUCCGAGUACGGGAUCUAGCUGGGAAGAUUGGAUCCUGUUUGAGGGCAAUUGCCGUACUAAAUGCAUUGCAUAUUGCUUCUUUAACUUACAGUCUAUUGCGUAUGACACUCCUCCAGUCCUCCGCACAUCGGAGAUGAAGAUCAAUCUUCCACACUCUUCGGAGGAAUGGCGAGCAGGAUCCGCUGAGGAGUGGCAGCUCGCCCAAAGCAAUACCCCGCAACAUCCGCUCUCAUUCCAACACGUCCUAUCUAGACUUUUUUCAGCUACUCGAGAAGAAAUACCGCCAAUAUCUUCCUUGGGAAAUUACGUUCUCAUCCAUGCCAUUAUUCAACAAAUUUAUGCUGUUCGCCAAGCCUCUAUGAUGACCAGUCCGCCAACCGGCAAUGGAAGCCUACCACCUGCGGACAUUGAAAAGUUCGGGCAGGUUCUGAGGCUUUGGCAGAUUGGUUGGGAAAAGGCUCCGGAGAGCAGUCUCGACCCAAUGAAUCCGUAUGGGCCAGUGGCAUUCAGCUCUACCGCCCUAUUGAGACUGGCCUAUAUCCGACUACACUGUGACCUUGGCCCAUGUCGAGGACUGGAUACUAGAGAUCCACAGAUAAUUGCGCGCACUCUGAAGGCUUCUCUGCCACUUACUCGCAGCCCACUGCUCAGCCGGGCAAUCCUUCAGGCAGCUCAUGCGUUGUCGAUCCCUGUGAAGAUUGGUAUCAAGUUUGUGGCGCAUACACAUACACUUCUUUGGAGUAUGCAGCACAGCUUGGCAAAUCUUGAGUGCGCCUUUCUACUCAGCAAAUGGCUACACAUAAUUGCAGACUGCAUUCCAGAAUUGACAGUCGACGAAAGGAAUCUGCUAGAGAUGGUUCGCAGUAUUGUUGGGGAGACUCAUUAUGCGGUCGACCCUGAGAAUAAUAAUGAGAUGAAUAGAGGUGUGGAGAUCAAACAGUUGAGUGUGGCGGUGGUCAGAAUUUGGGCUGAGGUAUUCACCGGCAGCCAACAUGUAUUCCGACUGGUAAAAGUCAUUGGGCUGGCUUUGGAAGUCUAUGCCGAUCUAUCAGAGGCAAACGAGUUUGUAGAGUAAAAAGAUGCUGCCCAGAAAUCAAG